AUGUCUUAUAUAUCAUCCAUUAUUCAUAACAAUAAUAACAGUAUUACCGACUCCACAUCCAAUACUCCGCCACCUCCACAGAACAGUCAUACCAUGUUGAACUCUGCCAAUUUCAUGUUGCCAGGCAUGGCUCCCCCCUUGCAUAUGGGCUACCACUUCAAUGGUAGUCAAAUGAACAACGGUGGUCUCUACCACCACUCGCUCCCAAAUAUCUUGGAUAUCAACUCGAUCCAAGGACAUGUCGGUCCGGUCACUCCACCCAUUCCAUCGCCCUCGUCGUCGCCCGCCACCGUCUCCAACUCGUUGCCGCCACUCUCACUGCCAUCGCACCAGCAAAACUCGAUGUCGCUACAACAACAUCAUCAUCAACAACAACAGCAGCAUCACCACCAACAACAACAACACCAUCAACAACAACAACAUCAUCAUCAACAGCAACAUCACCACCAACAACAAUUACACCACCAUCAGACACUAGCCAAUAUCGCUGGUAUCUCAAGUCAACAACAAGCUCACCAACAACAACAAGCUCAUCAACAGCAACAACAACAAGUACAACAACAACAAGCACAAAAUUCGAAUCAACAACAACAACAGCAACAAUCUCAACAACAAAUCCAAAAUAGUGUUGCCUCUAUAUUGUCGCAACAAAAUAUUUCACAAAUGCCAUCGUCGUCAGAUUCUCUGCCAUCGCCAAUAUACGAUAUGAACGAUCAAUCCAUAAUACAUGCAAACGGUGGUGGCCACCAUGUAGACGACGCAUCCAGUGGCUCCCAAGUCGGUUCACCAAAGACCAAGUCCAAAAAGAGUGGAAACCCAGGCUCGACCGCCAAGACCGCCACACCAAAGACCACCAAGAGUGGAAAAGCCGCCUGCAGUCCACUGGAAGGCUCACUCAACUCACUCACCAAAGAACAACUCGUCUCGCUCUGCUCCCACUUUUUCCAAUCGAUGCAUCCAGACCUCCAACAAGAGUUUGAGAACGCCAUGCCACCACCCGAUUUACAUGAGAUCAUGGAGGAGCUCGACUCUCUCCAGAAGCAGUACAACAAACUCUUCCCCAACAACAAAUUCGUUUUCGAUAACCUCUCGUACAAUCGCGUCAAGAGUGGUCUCGCCAACUUUAAGAAAGCACUCGUCGAGAACGGUGAGGAAUUCAAAGAGAAAUCCGCAUGGUCCACACUGCUCCAAUACGUCAUCCAGGCAUUGCCAUACGCACUGAGGAUGCCACAAUGGGACGACGAGAAGAACAACGCAUCAAGAGUGGCCGCCAUCUCCAAGAUGGAUCUCUUUGGAAAAUCUGCCGUCAAAGGUUUGCUCCAGAACGAUCUCUCCCUCGAGAAAUGGGAGCGUCACAGAAUGAGUCUAUCUCCACACAGUUCCUACCUCACCAAUACCAUCGAAGAGCUCAACAAGUGUAUUGAAAAGAGAAAGAAGAAAGAAGCCAAGCUCGAAAAGACAAAUCAGCCACCAACAGAAAAAAGAACAGAGAUUCAACCAAGCACCUCCUUCCAACUACAACUACAUCAACAGCAACAUCACUCUUAA